UCGUGUCCUGUUCCUUUAUUGUGGCUAAAUCUUGACCAGAAAGAGAGACAGUGACUGAUACUAGUAGAAGAAGAAGAAGGUCCAUUUUCAUAGCAGCAUAAUACAUCAGUGAUGUUAGGAGCUCAGAAUAAUCUUUCUCGUUCCCGUCAGCCCAGUCCUGCCUCAGUCUCCAUAGCAUCUGCGGGUAGUGGAUCACUAGAUACGGACUGGAGGACUUUCUCUCGCGAUGAAGGAAGAAGAGCAGCCCUGGAGUUCAUAGAUAGGGCCAGGGCCUACAUACAGUCCGCUAAUAGCCCGAGAGUACAGGAAUCAGCUCUAGUGAGAGAGUUUGCAACUUCACUGACAGAAACACUCGGGGCCAAUCAGACGCAACCUUCUUCUUCUUCCUCCUCAGCUCAACUCCGCUCCCUCUCUCCCCCAACCCUCCAUUCUACUGGUAGGAAGACUAACAGUGGCUCUAAACACUGGUGGAAUAUAUUCAAGAGGAACAAAGGAGACAGAGGUUCCUCUUUAGGCAGGAGAGACUCCAUCAAGAGAGGAUCCCAUAUUGAUAAUGAUCCUGGGAUCCUAUUGGACGGGAUACUCCAGCAGAUGAACCUAGUCAAGGACACGCCUACUUGGGAACGCUGUCGACUGCUGCUCAUUGAUCGUCAUGGUAACCACCAGCUUGAGGUUUAUUCACCUCCUAAGAACUGUGUCCCUAAGAUGUCCUUGUUUUGUUUCCUGAUUGAAGAGGUCCGCUGUACAUCUCUCCUGGAGGUACCCGACUGUGAUACUUCAUUUGUCAUAAAAUCGAGGAGUCAUGGAGAGUAUGUGUUCAAGGCGGGGAGCUAUCAUGAUAAGAGCAUAUGGAUCAGCACCGUACUUCAGUAUACGACUGCACCAGGAGCUCCUGGCAACAUGCACAUGUCUGCCUCAAUGAAUGCUCUCUCUGAUACUCAGAGGAUAAGUGGUCGUUCGUUCACUCGAUCUCGUUCCCAAACUCCCAUAACUCGUUCCACUGGUUUGAACUCAACAAUAGCUCGGUCUCCGGUUCCUCCAACUGGCCCCACUUCCCGAAGGGAGGAGCCAGUCAUGAUAGAUAUAAUGCUAUUGGAUACUGCUACUAAUGGACCCGUUGCUAGGGAACAACCUGUCGUUGCUAGGGAAGACUCUGGUACGAACAGACGUCUAGUAAGAAGCAUGUGUUUGGACACGCCCUCACCUCAGUUAUUAGAAGGCCACACCCCCAUUGACCAUAUCCCUCCUGACCUCCCUACUGAUGAUAGUACUGCUGGGGCUGGGGAUCAAUCAGUUACCGGACCCUCUCCCCCUCCCCCUCCCAUCCCUCUCCACAGGAAAUCAAGUGCCCCUCCCAUUGUUGUUAAUAGUAUGCGUAACGAAGAGGGCGGGGCCUCACUGCCGCUCUACAGCAGUUCUGAGGCUUUAGGUUGCGUGGACUCUGAGGAAAGGCUCGAGUUUGUUAAUGUGCCUCCUGUUGAAAGAGGUGGGCGGGGCCAUUCUCGCCGUCGCAGUUAUGACAGUAGUUACAGUCACAGUACAGACGUGGGAGGAACAGGAACCACCUCUCCUCUUGUCAGGAACAGUUAUAGAAUUGACGUGGGUAGCAACGAGAGGAUUAGUUCCAUAGCAACCAGUGGUCCCUCUAGUACAUUCUCUAGUGCCGGUAACCUCCAUGAUGUGACGAGGGAUGUUACCCACUCUCCCUCGUCCAUCCUCCCUACCACCCCUGACCCUCUCAUGGGACUGGAGACUGAGAGCCAAGCCUCUUCAAGCCACGCCCUCUUUAUUGAAACCUCCAGUAACGUUGACGUUCAUUUACCACGUCACACUGAGCAUCCUUAUCAGUCCUGGGCUACCACUUCAACUGACGUUGAGAACCUCCGGGUAUUGUCACAGUAUCCUUGGUUUCACGGGAUGAUAUCUCGUAAUAACGCUACACAGCUGGUUCAAGUGGGCGGAGUUACUGGCAAGUAUCUUGUGAGACAGUCUGAGUCUAGAGAAGGAGAUUUUGUACUAACUUUUAACUGCCACAACAGAGCAAAGCAUUUAAGACUCACUCUUGAUUCAUCAGGCUGCACUAUACAGCACCUCUGGUUUGAGGACUCUGCUACAAUGAUUGAGUACUUUAAGACCCAUCCAAUACCUCUGGACUCAAUACCAGCUAGUGAAGACAUCACUUUAACGAGUUAUGUCGAUCGGUCGGCCUCUGACUCAUUCCGUACGACCACUGUCAUCAACAUGGAGCGGAUUAACAGGACUCCGCCCAGAAGAUCUCGUUCAAUCCACGUCACAUCAUCUCAAGGUACUGAUAGGUCUAAUUCUCCUCUGCGUUCCACCAGGGGGGCCUCCGGGGGGGCUGGGGGCUCUAAUUGGAGACAGAUAUUCAACAGGAGGUCCGCUAGUUCUCAAAGUGUUCGGUCUCAUGCCACAGUUCAGAGAACUCAGUCGGCUAAUGCAUCAUCAAUGCAAGAGAUUAGAGGAAGGACAAUAGGAGGAGGGGCCAGUAGGUGGGGCAAUAGGGUACCUGAAAAUAACUAUGUUAGCCGGCAGUAUUAAUAAUGAAUGAAUUAAUUAAUAGUUAUUAAGUGGUUGUUGUGUCAAUGUCAAGUUGUUCAUAUUAUUUCUUCAUUUUUGAUCAUCAUUAAUAUUCAUUAACAAUAUAAUAUCAUAAUUAUUUUCCUCUC